AUGAAUUGGAAGCACGGCGGCAGCAUCUCGGACAACAACAACAUCUCAUACAAAAUCUCGCCUACACAAUCCCGUCCGCCACCGCCUGCAGUUCCCCUCGGCACCUGCAAAGCUCCCAUCAAGCCCUUCCGCCCUUAUUACUCUGUCACCAUCAGCGGAGGAGGUUUUUCAAACAGCGACAACGGCGCCGCUCUGAAUCGCGAAUUCCAAAACUGCGGUGCCACGACUGCCUGGAGGUUUAAUUACUUCGACGCGCCUGCAGAAGAUGGUACCGAGUGGGAGGCGUAUGGACAAUUGCCCCUCUUCAUCUCGUCUCAUUGCGUACGGAGAGCCAUAAGGAGAGUCGGCGGCUUUGUGGACAACCAGUGUUAA